AUGCAACUCAAGCAGCCGGGAGAAACGUCUGCCUCGCAAGUUGACCUCAAGGACGAAAACAAGGCGCAGACACCGUACAGGAAGGACUUUGGGAUCCUAUUCGUGCCCAAGAAUGUCCAGUUCGAUCCUGAAAAGCCCUUCCAUUGGGGUAUGAUGCUCAACAUUGCAUUCGGACUUGGGAGCAUGUUUACGGCUGCCAACCUGUACUACUGCCAACCUCUACUAAUUCAACUUGCGGAUUCGUUUCAUGCAAGUUACGGAGAUGUCUCUAGAAUACCUACUCUUGUACAGGCAGGAUACGCAGUGGGACUUCUCUUUAUAACCCCACUGGGCGACCUUGUCCGCCGGAGACAGCUAAUCCUCCUCCUAGUAACAACUUCCACCCUCCUUUCCAUCGGCCUGGCCGUAACAUCCGACCUCGUUGUCUUCGAAGUCAUAGGCUUCUUCGUCGGGGUGUUCUCCGUCACCCCUCAAGUCCUCCUCCCACUCGCCGCAGACGUUGCCCCCGAAUCUAGACGCGGAACCGCCAUCUCCGUCGUUCUCUCCGGGUUGCUAAUGGGCGUACUCAUUGCCCGAGUCCUGGCUGGCGUGAUAGCCGAAUACGCAUCCUGGAGGGUGGUGUACUACAUGGCAAUCGGAGCACAAGCGUUCGUCCUCCUCGGAAGCUACCUCAUCCUCCCCGACUAUCCAUCCAAGAAUAAGCAUCUGACCUAUUGGCAGAUUCUUUGGUCUAUGGGGAAGUUCAGUGUAACGGAACCAAAGCUUAUUCAAGCGUGCCUGAUCAACCUCGCCUCUUGCGCAUGCUUCAGCAACUUCUGGGUCACGCUAACCUUCCUUCUCGGAGAACCUCCGUAUUCAUAUUCCACGCAAGUCUAUCUCCUUGUUCCCUUCUUUUACCCAAAAACUGACUCUUCGCCACAGUCUUGCAUGGCAGGUGUCGCGUUUGGUCCGUUCUGGGGGUACCUAGUCGAUCGCUUCGAGCCCUGGUACGCAACCCUCUUCAGUAUCUUCCUCGGCCUCGUUUUCUUCGGCGUGCAACUGGGCGCGGCUGGAAUCCAUGUCGCGGCUGUCAUCAUCGUGGCCUUCGGGUUUGACGUCGCAAGACAGACCAUUCAGAUUUCGCUGAGUCAAAUUAUCUUCUCCAUCUCGGCGGAAGCUAGGUCAAGACUGAACGCGGUGUUCAUUGUCGCGCUUUUCAUAGGUCAAGUCAUGGGAACUUCAGUCGGGACCAAGGUCUUUCUAGACUACGGUUGGCGAGCCAACGCGGGGCUGAACAUGGCCUUGAUGGGCUUCCAGCUCGUACUCUUGCUCCUCCGUGGACCACACUGCCAGAGAUACACCUGGUUUGGAUAUGAGGGAGGUCUAGAGUGGAAACAGGAUAAAGACAGGACGAAGGUGGAAACGCCUGUAGAACCGCAAGAAAACGCGAUAGAGCAAAAAUAG